AUGGAUAUAUUCCAGGGUAUACUACCAAUAUCUUCAGAAUUGACUCAGAAUGGCACCCUUAAUCUACCCAAAGAUGAUAUUAGGCAUCAUCUCAUAGAAUUAUGGCAGUUACUAUUAAAACAAGAUGAGUUAAACAACAGUUUACUCACUAAUAUAAACUAUAGAAAAUCUGUAGUUGAACAAAUAAGAACUAUUUUGAAGAACAAUGAGAAUAAAGAAGGAGAUAUUAGCAGCAAAUCUCAUGCAAACUUCAUAUUAUCCUUCAAGAUAAUAUCAGUAUACUUGAUAAACAACCUAACCCAUUGUUCCGAUGCUUUCACGACUAUGGCCGGAAAUAUAGAUACGAUUAAUUGCAUAAUUGACAUCUUAUUAUCUCUGGUACCUGAUUCUUUAGACCUGGUGAUCUUCAUAGACAUUCUAACUGAAUUGGCUAAAGUAUCAACAAUAGCUUCCAUCGCUAAAAUUGUCAAUCACGUAUAUUGUCAACUCAAAACCGUGAAAAAACAUUAUAUUGACAUGGAGACUAUAUGUACAAAUAAAAGGAGGAUGCAAACUGCUGGUGCAAAGUUGAUAUUCUUUGUAAAAUCAAUCGAAAACCGCAUGAUACAUACGGAAUUUCUUUCACAUCCACAAUUAUCAUUUCAACUAAGAUGUAUACUAAUUGAAUGCUUGCCAAUGUCCCAUUUGGGGAUAUCAAAUAAACACGGUCUAAGUCAAAUACAAACAACAUUUAUUACUACAGAACCAGAUGCCCUUAAAUUUUUAGAAGAAUUUGUACAACGGCAACCCUGCGAAACAAUGGAAAAUUACACGGAUGAGAUCACUAGUGAUUAUAAGUACAAAUUGUGCAACUUUGAACCAAUACUCAAAUUGCCCAAUUACAAAAUAUAUACUAGCUACAAGUUUACAUUAUCUUUCUCUCACCUCUCACACAAUAUGGAAGCCGAAGAUGAGAGCUAUUUUAGUGAAUUACUAGAUUCGUACCAAUGUCUACUAAACUUCUAUCGCACAUUAAACCCCAAUUCCAAGGUCAAAGGACCACUUUUUGCAUGGUACAAAGAUGGAAUUGAUAGAGGAAAUGGGAUUAUAUUCUCUAUGGUUUGCAACGAUGUCGAUUUCUGGAAACAAUUUAUCGUCGAAAGUUUUAUGGCCCUAAUGGACCUUUACCGCGUGACAAAGCCAUUAAAUCCAAAUGAGGAGUAUUUGUGCCUGUUUAAUCGUGCAUCUCACGUCGUUUUCCAGCCUGAUAAGGAAUCUAUUUAUGCUAAAAAACCUACAAAGAUUCGGGCUAUUAUCAAUGAGAUACAGAAGGUGUUGGUUAAAUUCUCUACUAAAAUUAGUGGGUUUACGAAAUUUUUGACCACUCUAUUGGCCACGGAAGCUCAAUGGGUUUAUUGGAAGAGGAAUGGUUGUGCAGAUUUGCUCACAGAUAUAACCCCUAGCCCUUAUGUUGAAGAUACGAUCAUGGAUCCCAUUGACGAAUCAAUUGACACUAUUGGCAAUGACAGAGAUACCUGGAUUAAUUGGCUUAAAGAUUGCAUGGAAAAUAAAGAGGAGUGUGGAGUGAAGAGAGCGGCAGUGCAAAAGGGCAAUGAGAUAGGAUGUCUAAGUCGCAAGUUUACCUAUGAGACAUCGCUUAGAGUAGACCCAAUCAACCUUGACAGACAGGCCGAUGAAUGGGGAUUAGAUGUACCACCAAAUGAAUUAACAGACACAUUGGAAACCAAGCUGAAUGCCAAGCUGAGUCAAUAUAGGAAAAAAAUGCAAAUCGAUCUGGACCCAGAGAACCAAGUGGAAACACCUAGUUCCGAAGACAAUGUCUUCAGAUUCCGCCUUGGCAAAUUAUUCACAAUGCACUACAUGGAUAAGUUUGUUAAUUCAACAUUUAAGCUACCAAUAGGGAACACUUGUAGCAAUAUGGAAUAUAUCAUGUCAUCACUCGAUCAAAUUAUUAAUUAA